AGCAAGUUUGAAACCAUGAACAACAUCUGGAGCACCACAGUGACUGAAGCGGAUGAUGAAUCCAGGCUCUGUCCUGCCUCUGAUGCCCGCUGGGUGGAGCCACAGCAGCGGCUCCGGCAGAGCCAGCUCCGGCGUGACAGUCUGGAGGAAGAAGCGGUGCAGGAAGUGUCUGCUGGAGUCAUGAACUCUGUCCCGCUGCUGCUUCUGUCUUUCUUCUGUUUUGGGACGGAAGGGUCCCGCUUCAGAGGACAGCCAUACCUCAAUGGAAGCUCUGCGGGUGGACUGGACCAGGAUCCGGACCUGGUUCUGGUUCUGGAGCUGGACCUGUCGGCGGUGUUUCGCCGAGUUGACCAUCGCUUUCUGUCUGUCACCAUCGACGCGAGUCUGGCCUCAGAGGAGAGGUUCAUGCUGCUGCUCAGAUCUCAAAAGCUGAGGACUUUGGCCAGAGCUUUGAGUCCAGCCUUUCUGAGGUUUGGCGGGACGAGACAGGACUUCAUGGUGUUCAGCCCUCAGAGGAGCCAGCAGCCGAACGCAGGCCUCACUGCAGCUGAGUCCUGCAGAAGCACACGGCUGCCCAGGUGGCUGGAGAACCAGCUGAAGGAGGACUGGACUCAGCAGCAGCUGGUCCUGUUGAAGGAGGAGCAGCAGAAGAGCUUUAGAAGAGUCCGCUUCACAGAGCUCACCGUGGACCUGCUGCACUCGUUCACCAACUGCUCUGGCUUGGAUCUGAUCUUCGGCCUCAACGCUCUGCUCAGGACAGCCGACAACAGCUGGAACAGCAGCAACGCCCGCCUGCUGCUUCAGUACUGCGAGUCCAAACGGUACAACAUGUCGUGGGAGCUGGGGAACGAGCCCAACAGCUUUGAGAAGAAGGCCAAGGUUCGGGUGGAUGGGUACCAGCUUGGACUGGAUUUUGUUCAUCUCAGAAAGAUGAUGUCCAAGUCAAAACUUUAUCGGGAUGGUGGCUUGUAUGGGCCUGACGUGGGCCAGCCACGGGACCACAGGGUGGACUUACUGGACAGCUUCUUGCAAAGUGGAGCCAAGGCCAUUGAUGCCUGUACCUGGCACCAUUAUUAUGUGAAUGGCAGAGACACGUCUUUGCAGGAUUUUUUAGAUCCUGAAGUUCUGGACAGUCUGGCCCUAAAGACCAAGGAAGUUCAGAAGACAGUAAACAGUGUGUCUCCUGGGAAAGGGGUGUGGCUCGGAGAGACAAGUUCAGCCUUCGGUGGAGGAGCAGCAGGACUGUCUGACACGUUUGUGGCAGGAUUCAUGUGGCUGGAUAAAUUAGGCCUGGGCGCCAGACUGGGCCUGAACGUGGUGAUGAGGCAGGUACUGGUUGGGUCAGGAAGCUACCACUUGGUUGAUGAUGACCUCGAUCCCCUUCCUGACUAUUGGCUGUCUGUUCUCUACAAGAAACUUGUUGGACCAGAAGUUCUAAAAAUUCAAGCAGUUUCUGAUAUGGGUCAAAGUAAAAGAGUGAGAAUGUAUCUGCACUGUGCCAACAAGAAGAGUUACUCAUCUGGAGCCGUUGUGCUGAUGUCGAUGAACCUGAAUAAGAAAGCAGCAAGAAUCUCAGUUCCUGCUCUCGUAUCUGGCAGCACAGUGGAUGCUUUUGUCCUCCAGUCUGACACUGUUGGGGAGGAGGGACUCCACUCCAGGUUUGUAAAACUGAAUGGAGUGGUGUUGAAGAUGGUAGAUGAAGAAACUCUCCCCGACCUUAAAGGAGUCUGUCUCCCUCCAUCUAAGCACCUGCUGCUUCCUGCGUACUCUCUGGCAUUCUUCGUCUUCCUGGACACCCAGGCUACAGCCUGCUGAUGACCUCGGCACAGACUGUUCAGAUGCUCCUGAGUCCUUCUGAAAGCCUGUCAUCACUGGAUCAGACCUAGACGGGCUGAAGGCAGGAUGUGGAUUUGUUUUGUAGAGUUCUCCUCUUUUUAAAAUGAUCAAAUAGCUUUUUAUUAGAAAAUAUGGGGAUUUUUUAUGGAGUUUUUAUGUUUUUAUCACUCAGGUGGGAUUUUUUUUAAAUCUAAAAAACCUUUUAUAUUGAAGUUUAGUUCAUUCCUAUAUGAAUCAGGUCAACUCUACGUUUCAGCAAAAAAUAGCUUUUUGUGACCAAUCGUGUUGAUUUUUUUUACACAUAAAUAAUUUCAUGCUGCUGUAACUGAACCACUGUUGUACUAAUUAGUACAUCCUGCCUCGUGUCCCUCCAAGGUACUGUAAGUUCUGAUGGAACAAAAGCAGUCAGCUCAAGAGAUUUAAUCACUGAGCUUAAUGUCAAUGUGUGACUGUUAACGGUCAAUAAUGUACAGAGCCUGUAAAAAGAGUGAAGCGAGUACUGACAUAAUAGAAUUUUUCAGAAGCUUGAAUUCUAUUUUACAAAAAAAAAGAACUCUAAAAUAAUUUAUAGUCCAAGUAAAGCCAAUACGCUGGAGAAACUGUGAACUGGUGAAUGUCAGUCAGUUGUGUUUUUAAUAAAAUGCUGUGUGUCACACAGUC